AACUGACCGUUUCGACGAACGCUAGAUGCCAUACAGAGACAAGGACGGCCGCCUCUGUGGCUAUUUGGAUCAAGAAAUUGACAAUACACGAUGGUCUAGCAGAUUCUUCAUACUAGACGGACCUCUUUUGAGGAUUUAUCGGAAGGAGCCGCAAAAUUUGAUACAAGAAAAGGAAUUUCUCUCCGAACUCAAUACCAAAUAUGUUACUAAGAUUGCUGUUUGUAAAGUUCGACCGAAGAAACAGUAUUGUUUUGAAAUAGGCACACCACAACAGACGAACUACUUUGAAUGUGAAAGUCACACUGAAAUGGACGAGUGGAUUGAAGCUCUCAAACAGGCUACAGUUCCUAAAAGAUCUGGCAGUACAAAGAUUGGAGCAAGUGCUACAGCAUCAAAUAGCGGCACAGAGACAAAACCUGCUGACGUGAAAAAGGCAGAUGUCAACUAUCAGACAAAAGUCGUCGGUGGUGUAGUAGUUCGGACACCAAUACGAACAUCGUGUGAAGACUCAGAUGAAACGUUGACCACUAAGCCAGAUAUCGGCUUAUUAAAGAGACCAGACAGACUACGAAUUAUCAAAGCAGGUUACUGUGUAAAGCUGGGAGCGAAGGUGAAAAACUGGAAGCAACGGUACUUUAUCCUCGAUCCAGUUCAUUUCUCAUAUUACAAGACACCAGAGGACAGAGAAGCAAUUCGUAGUGUACCCGUUAAUGACAUUAAGGAUGCCAAGCAGUUGAUAGGAUUUCAGAAUAAAGAUAAUUUGUUUGAAGUUGUAACUCCUGGAAGAACGUUUCUUAUUCAAGCAGAGAGCCAAGAAGAACUUCAUGGUUGGUUGAAAGCAUUGUCAUCAACUAUAACAGGACGACGAGGACAAUUGUCAUCAUCGGGCGUCUUGUAAUAGCAGCCAAUGGUCGCACAACCUGAAGUUGACUUGUUGUGACUUAUUAGAUGUACUUCUCUACUCUACUACUCAUUACUUGCGUGCACUGAAUUUUUCAAUUACGAUCUAAGGGCAGGGAUGCUACUGUUAGCUGGUACUGUGUUGUAAUUGCCAGCUUAUAGGUGAUGUAUUUUACUUUCAGUACACAUGAAACAGAACUAAACUUUUUUGAUCAUAAUAAAUGGUUGGUCUGGACUGUCUU